GGGGGCGGCACUGAGAUCCUGAAUAUAUGCAGCAGAACACAGCUGCUUUCAAACCUUAGCAUAGGAGCCGAAAACUAAGAUAGCAGCAUCGUUAGCAUCACCCUCAGCCUCAGCAUCCUCUUGUGAUACAGAUCCACCUCCAUUACAGCAGCCAUGGCCACCUCAGCAAGUGCACAGCUAAGCAAGGAGGUGAAGAAGAUGUAUAUGGAUCUGCCUCAAGGGGAGAAGGCUCAAGCUAUGUAUAUAUGGAUAGAUGGGACAGGGGAGGGUCUGCGCUGCAAGACUCGCACCCUGGAUUCCGAACCCAAAUCUAUUGAAGAUCUCCCGGAAUGGAACUUCGAUGGCUCUAGCACAAAUCAGUCGGAGGGAUCAAACAGUGACAUGUACCUGAUCCCGGUAGCCAUGUUCAGAGACCCUUUUAGGAGAGAUCCCAACAAACUGGUGUUUUGCGAAGUCUUGAAGUACAACAGAAAGACAGCAGAAACAAACCUACGUCACACAUGUAAACAGGUCAUGGACAUGGUUUCUAAUGAACACCCUUGGUUUGGGAUGGAACAAGAAUAUACAUUGUUGGGAACAGAUGGACAUCCUUUCGGUUGGCCUUCUAAUGGCUUCCCAGGACCCCAAGGUCCAUAUUACUGUGGAGUUGGCUCAGAUAAGGCAUAUGGCCGGGAUGUUGUGGAAGCACAUUAUCGGGCAUGUCUCUACGCUGGAGUGAAGAUCUGUGGAACAAAUGCCGAAGUGAUGCCAGCACAGUGGGAGUUCCAGGUUGGACCAUGUGAGGGCAUUGAAAUGGGGGACCAUCUUUGGAUUGCGCGCUUUAUUCUGCAUCGAGUAUGUGAGGAUUUUGGCCUUAUUGUUUCCUUCGACCCCAAGCCAAUCACUGGAAACUGGAAUGGUGCCGGGUGCCACACUAACUUUAGCACAAAGUCCAUGCGAGAAGAAGGUGGCCUGAAACACAUAGAAGAAGCAAUUGAGCAUCUAGCUAAACGUCAUGAGUACCACAUCAGAAUCUAUGAUCCAAAGGGAGGCUCAGACAAUGCGCGUCGCCUCACAGGUUUCCACGAAACCUCCAGCAUCCAUGAGUUUUCUGCAGGGGUGGCAAACCGCUUUGCAAGUAUCCGCAUCCCGCGCACUGUGGGGCAAGAGCAGAAAGGUUAUUUUGAAGACCGUCGUCCAUCGGCCAACUGUGACCCCUAUGCUGUGACAGAAGCACUGAUCCGGACCUGCUUGCUGCAUGAAUCUGGAGAUGAACCUUUUGAAUACAAGAAUUAAUGGGGAUAGGUGUAAAAUUAUAGCUAUUUUACUGCCCUCUUUGUACAGUUUUAGCCAGUUCUGUUUCUAUUCCUCGUACCUCAAACCAAUGUCUGUUUUCAUGUCAAUGCCAUUUUAGUGGGAGUGAGUAGAACAAUUACCCCAGUCUCUCACUAACAGCAUGUAUUGUGCUUCUAUCCACUGCAACCCCUACACUACUUUCAGUCUUACUAGAAUUUGGAAGAUAUAUAUAUUGAGGAUAAAAGCUUCUAAUGAUGUUUGUAGAAAACAUAUAACAUAAGUUGUAUAAGGUAAAAAAAAACAUGGCAUUAUGUAAUAGAAACAGGACUGACUGAGGAGCUUUCCUGCCAGAGGGAACAUCUGCAUCUUGUGAAACUAUGCUUUUUUGGACUUUGGGGUGAUAUUUUCAACGCCGGCAGGAAAGCACAUUAGACAUUUGCAGAGUACAGAGUUCAAGUGACUCAGUAUCCUCUGUUGCUAGGUUUACCCUGUGAACGGGACUUUAAAGAAUGGGGGGCCGAAUGGAGAAGUUCAGGGGAGAUGUGAAAAUGCACCUCCCUUGCAUAUAACCACUAACAAGCAGGAGUGUCUCCAUCCAUACCCAUUCUUUGCCAGGUACUUCCAAUCAGUUGACAUGUUACGAAUCUCCUGCGUGCCUAUGAUAGGUUCUCGCGUAUCAACUGACCCAGGACUUUUUAACAGUUUUACCAGCUACAGUCAUUAUGCUAUGAUGGUGAUUAAUUAUAGCAUUGUUGUCAUUUGGGUCCAUAUGUGUAGUAUUUUUAUAUUUAAAUGUAAAUUUAGUCUUUUGGAAAAAUAAGAUUGGGGACAAGAUAAUCUAUAUCAAGGGUUGUGGAGUGAUUACAAUUUUAAAUAAAGUUGUGUUGGUGCUUAAAAAAACAGAGGAAUGGAGAUUCAUAAUAACCUUUUUGGGCUAUGAAGUAUGAAGCUUAGAACAACAAAGAGAUGAUUGAGUAUCGCUCUAGAUUCCACACAACAGGACUAAAGUCCAUUGCAUGACGUCACAUGACUUUUUUGAGGUGCUUCGAUCAACUCUUCAACAAAGAGAGGGUCACAAAAUGUAUUGGAUGCAGGCUCACCAAUAACAUUGAAAUGUUAGUUUUGGAAAGCAAAAUCAAAAUGAUGUAUCAUACUUCCCCUCCGAUGGCAUUAAAGUCUUGAAGUUUUGGAAUUUUAAGUUAGUCUGAUAAAUAUUAUUUUGUAUUCUGUGUUUUUUCUUUCCUGUUCCAUCACUGACAGUAUGCCAUCACCAAGGAGCCAUUCAAAAAGGAUAUGAAUUACCAUGAAAAAACUCUGUUAAAAAAAAUGCUAUACAGAUAAAAAUUGCCCCCCCUUUCUUUAUGGAUGGGUCUCUGUUGUUAAUAUCCGGUUAGGAUCUGCUGCUUCUAACUUCCAUCUCAAUCUGACAUAGUUUGUUUUUUUAAAUAGAUUUUGUUUUCUUUUUAUAAUAAAAAAACUAAAUCUGAA